AUGACUUCUUCAGAUAUUCAAAAAGAAAUUGUGACCGCAUGUAAGAUAGAAACUAUUAAGGCUACAAUAGAGGACCUAAAUGGUGACUACUUUGCUUUAUUAGUUGAUGAGUCUUUAGACGUGUCACGCAAAGAGCAAAUGGCUAUUGUUUUACGGUAUGUCGAAAAAAAAGGAAGUGUGAUGGAGAGGUUUAUUGGCAUUAUUCAUGUUCGAGAUACUAGUACUUUAUCUCUAAAGAAAGUAAUUAUCGAUGUACUUAUUCAUCAUUCUUUAAGUUUAUCUUCUAUACGUGGACAAUGUUAUGAUGUGGUAAGCAAUAUGCAAGAUGAUAUUAAAGGUCUUAAGAAGUUGAUUAAACAAGAAAGUAGAUUGGCUCAUUCUAUUCAUUGUUUUGCACAUCAACUUCAACUGACUCUUGUUGCGGUUUCUAAGAAGUGUGUUCAAGUAGGUGAACUUGUAUUAUUGGUUUCAAAUAUUUUGAAUGUGUUGGGAGAUUCUUUUAAACGUGUGGAUGAAUUUCGAGAUUCUCAAAAUGAAAAACUCUAA